AUGUCAAAAAUGGUUGAUUCCACCAUCAAAAUUCUCAUCUUAGUCUCAUUUCUUGUCCUCGUUUCUCAAGGCUAUAGUGAAUGUUCAUCGAAUAAUCUCUCUAUAUACCAAUAUCUAACCGGAAAUCAAUUGAGACUAUUUCCAGAAUAUCGUGUGGAUAUCAUCAACAAUUGUCCUGAUUGUAUUCAGAAGAAUGUGAAAAUAAAUUGCCCUAAUUUUGGAACAGUUGAAUUUAUAGAUCCUUCAAUUUUAUUAAGUGUCUCGGGUAAUGUUUGUCUUGUUACUGGUGGUAAACCUAUUGUAACAAAUGUUAAUGUUACCUUUACUUAUGCUUGGAGUGAUUCAUUUAUUUUUACUCCAAAUUCCUCUGAGAUUAGUUGUUAA